CUUCCUUUUUUCGGAAAACGGUUCAAGGCGAGGAAGCGCGACGCAUGCGCGGUACGAGCGCCCUGACCUUCAGCAGCGGCUGCAGCAGCCGGCGGGCAAUCGGACGGAGCUGAGGGAAAGAACCGAAUCGGCGGCGGUGCUGCUGCUGCUCUUCUUGCCGGUGCCCAGGACCAGGCCCAGCCGCGCGGGAUCCAAGUUAGGAACAUGGCGACUCUGAAAGACAUCACCCGGCGCUUGAAGUCUAUCAAGAACAUCCAGAAAAUCACGAAGUCCAUGAAAAUGGUGGCCGCCGCUAAGUAUUCCAGGGCGGAGAGAGAAUUAAAGCCCGCCAGAGUUUACGGCGUGGGGGCAUUGGCUCUCUACGAGAAAGUAGACAUCAAACCCCCCGAGGACAAGAAAAAGCACCUCCUGGUUGGCGUGUCUUCUGACCGUGGCCUGUGUGGGGCCAUUCACACCUCCGUGGCUAAAGAGAUCAAGCAUCAGUUCUCCAACCUCACGGGCGCAGGGAAAGAAGUUAUGGUGGUUGGGAUUGGCGACAAGCUGAGAACCAUCCUACAGAGCCCCUCCUUUGUCCCCCCCCCUUUUGAAGCUGAGAUGAUUGACAAGCUGACCCUGCGAUUCAACCGCACUCGCCAAGCUGUCAUCACCAAGGAACUGAUUGAGAUCAUCUCUGGUGCUGCGGCUCUGUAAGUAUGGAGAGACAAAUCCAGACGCUUGGCAACUGGCUCACAUUUAUGACGGCUGCGGUGUCCCAGGGGUCACACGAUCCCUUUUGGCAACCUUCCGACAAGCAAAGUCCACGGGGAAGCCUGAUUCGCUUAACAGCCGUGUGGCUAACUUAACAAC